GGUUUAGCCUCUGUUGGCCCAGAGGGGACUCCGUAGUACGGUCGGCGCAUGCGCAGUUGCGUCGCCUGUGUUCUGAGAGACCCAGAUGCGGCAGACCGGCUCACCAGGGGAUCUAUUUGGUAGCACAUAUAGGGGUGACACGGCCAGAGCACUGAGAGAUAUCAGGUAUUGAUGUAACUGGAGUGAAUAAGGGAACCUUCUUCCUGAGCACAGACAUUGGAGCCUGUUAUCAGCAUGAACUCAUAUGUGUUAGACAAACACGUCAAUAGUUCAUAUCUAUCCUUCACUACAGGAAGCAUCAGAAUGAUACCGCAAACUCCAAUAGUCUCAGACACCAAUAACUAUUCACAAACAUUGGGGAAUUCACAGCAGAUUUUUAGAGAAGAUGGUGAAUUGGCAGGAACAGGGCAGCAAUCAUUAUGUACAGAGAGUAAAUUAACCAUCAAACAAGAGGACAACAUUUAUGAAAUUAUUAUCCCAGAGGAUAAACCACACACGUUUAAUGAGGCUUCAAAACAUAGUAAAGAAGGGAAAAGUCUAAAGUCUAGCCAAAUGAUUCAUACAAAGGAGCAACCUUUCAAAUGUACAGAAUGUGAGAAAAGCUUUAGAUGGAAGUCUCAUCUACUAGAACACCACAAAAUUCACACAGGUGAGAAACCACACACAUGUACUGAGUGCAGCAAAUGUUUUACACGAAUGAAUUAUCUGAAAACUCAUAAAAAGAUUCACACAGGAGAAAAGCCUUUCACAUGUACAGAGUGUGGAAAAUGUUUUAUGCAAAAGGGAUAUCUGAAAAAGCAUGAAAGGAGUCACACAGGAGAAAAGCCUUUCACAUGUACAGAGUGUGGAAAAAGUUUUAUACAAAAGGGUAAUCUGAAAAAGCAUGAAAGGAGUCACACAGGAGAAAAGCCUUUCACAUGUACAGAGUGUGGAAAAAGUUUUAUACAAAAGUGUAAUCUGAAAAAGCAUGAAAGGAUUCACACAGGGGAAAAACGUUUCACAUGUACAGAGUGUGGAAAAAGUUUUACAGAAAAGAAUACUCUGCAAAAGCAUGAAAGGAGUCACACAGGAGAAAAACCUUUUGCAUGUACAGAGUGUGGAAAAUGUUUUACAGACACGUGUAGCCUGAAAAUUCAUGAAAGGAGUCACACAGGAGAAAAACCUUUCACAUGUACAGAGUGUGGAAAAUGUUUUACAGACACGGGUAACCUGAAAACUCAUGAAAGGAUUCACACAGGAGAAAAGCCUUUCAAAUGUACAGAGUGUGGAAAAAGUUUUACAGAAAAGAAUAACCUGAAAACUCAUGAAAUGAUUCACACAGGAGAAAAGCCUUUCACAUGUACAGAGUGUGGAAAAAGUUUUACAGAAAAGAAUAACCUGAAAACUCAUGAAAGGAUUCACACAGGAGAAAAGCCUUUCACAUGUACAGAGUGUGGAAAAAGUUUUUCACAAAAGAGUGAUCUGAAAACUCAUGAAAGGAUUCACACAGGAGAAAAGCCUUUCACAUGUACAGAGUGUGGAAAAAGUUUUACACAUAAGAGUAGUCUGAAAACACAUGAAAGGAUUCACACAGGAGAAAAGCCUUUCACGUGUACAGAGGGUGGAAAAAGUUUUAUAGAAAAGGGUAAUCUGAAAAGUCAUGAAAGGAUUCACAAGGGAAAGAGCCUUUCAUAUGUUUAGAAAGUGGAAUAAAGGUUUUCAUUGAAAUCAGUUAUCACAGAAAAAUAUUUACACACAAAUAAACUUUAUAUACACAGUGUACAAACCUUUUUACAAUUACCCUAAAGAGGACACACUCUCUAAAUAGCAUCAAAAAGGAUCCUAUUGUAAAUAAUACUUUCUAAAUCCCAGUUAUAAAAGCCCCACAUUGGAAGUGCUCUUCUGCUGUCCUUUGUUCUUCUAUAUAUGUGCACCUCAGUUUCUCUCAUAUCAAUGUGAUAGAAUCCAAACACCACACAGGAAUACAGUCAAAUUUUUGCCGUGGGGGGGGGGGGGGGGUCCCUCUUGAAUUUUGAAAUGUUGCAAGGUAUGUGUACCCAAGGAAACUGAUUUAAACUACAUGUAUACUGGGUAUGUAAUAUGUGUGUCAUGUUCUGUAACUUGAUAUUAUGUCUUAGAGGUUUUCAAGUAAGAAGCCACAAGAACUGAUAAUAGCACAUACUGUAUAUAUAAAGGGAACAUUAUAUGUCUGAUAAAUCCCUUUGUAUCAAGAGCACAAGUGUUAGGUAUAUUUAUACCAUUAUGUGCCUAUAUCAUUUAAUGCUGCUUUUUACUAUAUGAUGAUAUACAAUGCUUUUUCAUGCAAAUAAAAAGUGAUUGUAAUCCA